UCCGCGCGAAUUACCUACACAGUGGUUGUCAAGGGAGAACUGUAUAAUUCUGCAAUCAUGUCGCAUACAUGUAUGAACCCACAGCAAACUAUGGAAGUAACGAUGGCGGCGAAACAGUUGUUCAAUGAACAUUCCUACACAUGCAGACAAGAGCCCAUGGAGUGCACGACGCCCAAGCCAAACACACAUCUAUCCUUCCCCAUCGUGAUACAUGUGAAUGAACGUGAGGGCGUGGACCCUAGCACGGGCUAUCCCCCACGGACCUUCUACGUACCCUGUCAUCGAGGCGAACUGCUAUACCCUCACUGGCUUCACGGUUUGCUGGACCGCGACCUCCGGUUCUACACCACCUUAGAUCAGGACACGGCUCAUGCGGCUAGCGUGUUCCGAGAAGGACAGUUGUUGAUUCAGAAGCUGAGGUCCAUCUCAGCGACGCUUUCGUGGGAUCGAAAGAACCCGGUGGGUCUAAAACUCACAUUGGCUGAAAACCAUGGCAAUUGUCGUCUGCCACAGAGACGGCGACAGAAGGGUCUCCUGGCUGACUGUGUGUUAUUGGAUAACAAAUGCGAUUGUGUAGCGAUCCAAGGCAAGAUGUUCUCGCUGAUUAUCGGGAUGCCGUUUCCUGGAGACGUGAUCCGUGAUGUGGAUGAUCCGGGAAUGAAGAUAGAUGUUGGGAUGUUUUUCAGGGCACUUGAUUGUGCUCCCACCGUCCGAGUCAAAUGGUCCAUAUCACUCACACGUAGAGACAUCCCGGCGCACGUGCUUGAUGUUAUUCGUGAACGGGAAGAGGAAUUCGAUGAUUUCGAUGAUGACGACUCGACACUGGAUGGUGACGAGUCCGAUGAAGAAAUGGAAGAUGUAGAAUUAUAGCUAAUCAUUGAUUAGCAUCUUUGUUAAACAUCCCCCGAAAAAUACAAAACGAGAAGAAUAUUUCAUUACAAUACACAUGCAAUAUAAGAGAAAACAACA